AACCUAUUGUUUACGACACGCCUGACAGAACUGCGACCCAAACAACAACUUGACACGUGUUUGACAGACGAAAUUAACAGGAUCUGCAUUUUUAGGCAUUUUUAAACUGCAAAUUUAGUAAUAAAUAACAGUCAUGCGGCGAUUAUUUUGGCGCUGAAUUCAAAAUGGCGGUACCCGCAUGUUGACACUUGCUAUUUGACAUUUAAAAUGUAUAUUAUGCAUUUACUCGUUGCUUAGUCUGUUGGCUUGUUUGAUUCUCGAUUUAGUAUACAUGUUAGCUGAGUUAAGAGAAGAUGAAUUUUUCUGAGCUGUUUCGACAAACCAAUCAACUCUGCAAGUUUUCACCCGAUGGGAAGUACUUGGCCUCUGUGACAGAAUUUCGUUUGAUUGUACGAGAUGUGGAGACUUUCCAGAUACAGAACCUGUUCAGCUGUUUGGACACCAUACAAAUUAUAGAGUGGUCAGCCGAUUCACAGUUUAUCCUGUGUGGGUUGUACAAGAGAGGAAUUGUUCAGGUUUGGUCACUUGAACAACCAGAAUGGAAUUGUAAAGUGGAUGAAGGGUCAGCAGGACUGUGUGACGUCCGAUGGAGUCCUGAUGGACGACAUAUCCUCACCACAGCUGAGUUCAAUUUACGUAUCACAGUAUGGUCCCUAGUUACAAAGUCUGUGUCCUACAUCCGCUACCCAAAGCAAUGCCAGAAAGGUAUGGACUUCAGCGUGGGAGGGAAGUAUAUGGCUCUAGCUGAGAGAAGAGACUGUAAAGACUACAUCAGUAUAUUUACCUGUAGUUUGUGGGAACUUGUCAAGCACUUUGAGACGGACACUGAUGAUCUAAGCGGCCUGGAAUGGUCCCCAGAUGGAAUGGUUCUGGGAGUUUGGGAGUCCCCUCUCUCGUACAAGAUCCUGCUGUACUCUGUAGAUGGACGGUGUUUGGCUAAAUACAGCGCUUAUGACAAUUCCCUCGGUAUCAAAAAUGUGGCCUGGAGCCCUACCAGUCAAUUCCUCGCCAUUGGCAGUUAUGAUGAAAAGGUGAGAAUUCUAAACCACAUAACAUGGAAGACAGUAGCAGUGCUGGAUCACUCACCAGUCCUGGAGACUAAUAACAAUGUUAUCGUCUACAAGGAAGUUGAGACGAGAGUGCCUCUGCCCUCUUCCGAAAAUAUGGAUGCCCCUACUGCUGCCCUCUUCACUGCCCAGAGCAAGUACGAGGUAGAGAACUUCCCAGUGAAGAUACCUAUAGUGAAGCCUGACACCACUAAAGCCAACCCUAGACUUGGUGUGGGAAGUGUGGCCUUUAGUUGUGACUGUCGCUACAUGUACACAAAGAAUGACAACAUGCCACACACCUUGUGGAUAUGGGAUGUUCAACGACUCUCCUUGUGUACCGUCCUCAUCCAGGCUGCUCCCAUCAAGUGUAAGUGUUCCAAUACCUUGUACAAGUUCUUCCAUGGUAGUCCUCAUCCAAGUUGCCCACCCACCUGCCAUCACUUUAUGUAUUGCAAAUAUAAAGUGGAAGAGAGACUUAAAUUUCGGAUCUGUGAAAUCAAUACUGACAGUUCAAAGGCUGAUUAUAUAGUGUAGCUCAAGAAAAUGGUCAGUUACAUUUCAUUUGAUCAAAUCAGUAUGUACCAAUGUGUCUGUACAUUGUUAUUUAAGGGGACACCGUUUGUAUGUUAGUACAUUGUUAUUUAAGGGGACACCGUUUGUAUGUUUGUACAUUGUUAUUUAAGGGGACACCGUUUGUAUGUUUGUACAUUGUAAUUUAAGGGGACACCGUUUGUAUGUUAGUACAUUGUUAUUUAAGGGGACACCGUUUGUAUGUUAGUACAUUGUUAUUUAAGGGGACACCGUUUGUAUGUUUGUACAUUGUAAUUUAACGGGACACUGUUUGUAUGUUUGUACAUUGUAAUUUAAGGGGACACCGUUUGUAUGUUAGUACAUUGUAAUUUAAGGGGACACCGUUUGUAUGUUAGUACAUUGUUAUUUAAGGGGACACCGUUUGUAUGUUAGUACAUUGUAAUUUAAGGGGACACCGUUUGUAUGUUAGUACAUUGUAAUUUAAGGGGACACCGUUUGUAUGUUAGUACAUUGUAAUUUAAGGGGACACCGUUUGUAUGUUA